GUAAUUAAAUUGCAUUGACUGUGUGCCUUUACGUAGAUAAUAUAUAUAAAAUAUUACUCGUCUUUCAGAUUUGCAGUUUUCAAAUAGACAUUCUUAACGCAUUAAAGGCUUUUACUAACGGUAGGAAAAAAGAAAUUUUUUUAAUAAAAUCUUUUUUUUUUUUUUUUUUUUUUAAACUAAACUAAAUUGCACAACAACCGAAAAAAAGAGAAAAGUAUUUAACUAAAAGACAGUGAAGUACUUACGCCUUUUCCACCAAAAUAAAAGAAUUAUAACAAAAUCAAUAAUAAAAAUAAAAGAAUAAUUUUUUAACUUAAAAAAUAAAAAAAUGUUUAAAAAGAUUUCUAUCGCUUCUUAUCUUUUCGUAUUAUUCUUCAUAUGCCAGACGCUAAACAAGACUUUUAUACAAAGCAAACCAAUGGAUAUAAGUGUUCUACCUGAGGCUAAUAUUCAAAGCGAAGACAGCUACGAUCGCAGCCAGUAUAACAGUAAUUUGGAUGAGAAGACGAUACAACAAGUGAGAAAAUGCGAAAUGGAUCAAAACGCCAUGGAAUUGUGCAUGCGAUGCGCGAAAGUUACAAAAUCAGUUAUUGUAUAUCCUUUAUGUUGCGGCGACGAAGAAAAUGUUCAACAAUGGUGUCACGAUUAUAUAUUCUUUGGGAAACCGAAUGAGUACUAGGAGUUCUCGAUCAUAAUCAUGCGCAUAUUUACUAAAGUUAGCAUUUCUUCCAUAAAAAAAAAAAAAAAAUACCAUGGGUCUGAUUUAAUAUUUUUAUUUUUAAGAACAAAAAAUACCUUU